ACCCCUUGGGCCCAUCAAGCGUCCGAAACUGAAUAAUCGGACAAUAAGUCACACACCAGUACCUGAUCAAUGUGGCAACACAGCUGCGAUCAAACCCCUGUCAUCCAUGCGAUGAUUUAAUCAAAAAAAAAAAAAAAUAUAUAUAUCUUGAAUUUGUAGAACGUGACAGUAGUACUUAGUAUUGAUGAAAAUAGUACAAUUUUAAAAUAAUUUUUUUUUGGAAAUAAGGCAACAAAUUUUUGUGUUUGAAUACGAAAAUGGCAGGCAAUUGCAAUGCGAAUCCAUGCGACUUGAGUCGCGAUGUUUGCCAGUUGAAGGAACUGGUGACGACACAGGGCAAGCAGAUUGGGCAGCUGGUCAGGCACAUGAAGACGGGAUGUAAAAAGCCGUCAAAGGAGAGCACUCUGAAGGGUCUGAAUCCUUGCAUCAAGUGCCUCCAGCCCGACGUUCUCUAUCAUCUGGGCAUUGACACGGCCACAACGAACUUUCCCAAGACCUUCGGCGAUGUGCGGUUUGUUUGCAUGGGUGGCACGGCGGGACGAAUGGAGAGAUUUGCCUACAGGAUUAUGAAGGAGAUCGGUCUGAAGCUGAACCCGGCCACAACCCUUAGGAAUAUGGCCGAGGACGGUCAUCGCUUUGCGCUCUACAAAGUGGGCCCAGUGCUGUGUGCCAGUCAUGGCAUGGGGUGUCCGUCGGUUUCCAUACUGCUGCAUGAGCUCAUCAAGAUGAUGCACCAUGCCAAGUGUCAGGAUCCCGUCUUUAUCCGAAUUGGUACCUGCGGCGGCAUCGGAAUAGAGCCCGGAACCGUGUGCAUCACAUCGGAGGCACUGGACAGCAUGCUCAACCCAUAUUAUGAGAUAAUAGUUCAGGGCAAAGUCGUGCAGCAUAGCAGCAAACUAGACCAGUGUUUGAUCAAUGAGCUCCUGUCACUGGCCAAUCCCUGCGAGGAUGACUUUGAUACAGUGGUUGGUAAGACCGUCUGCACCAACGACUUCUAUGAGACUCAGACGCGACUCGAUGGAGCCUUUUGCGACUACACGAACCAAUCGAAGACCGCCUAUCUUCAGGGACUCCAAAACCACGGAGUGAUCAAUUUCGAUAUGGAGAGCACCGCCUUUGCCGCUCUCACAAGUAGAGCAAAUAUACGUUCUGCCGUCGUCUCCAUUGCCGUCAUCAAUCGUAUGGAGGGUGAUCAGGUAAUUUCAUCUCCGCAAUCCCUAAGUGAGUGGGAGAAGCGACCCCAAGAGCUCGUGUCGCGAUACAUACGUAAAGUAAUGCUCGGACCUGACGAUGAUAGCGAUACCGAUGACCAGCCCGAUUCCAACCCAUGCAUAGGGGAAUGAUCUGAAACGCAGCGAAGCACGUUCGCGGCUAUGGCACGUACAAGUUUUGACGCUUUCCAAGUGUUCAGUUUUCUGCGUGCACUCGACGCGAUCGCAACGUCGUCCCGAGCAGUCAGUCGUUCAAGUGUGUGAUUCCAAGUAGAUGCCGAGCCCCUUAUAUUUCUGUGACUGAAAUACUCAAAUACAUACAUGCAUAUACGAAUAUAUAUACUCGAAUUCGAGAACUAUAAAAGAUAACUACAUAUUGAUUGCAUAUAUUGGCGUGUGUGUCGUACAAGCUUUAUGUUGGCUCUGAAAAAAAAUAGAUAAGAUUGGCAACACGCUAGCAACAAGAAGGCCGGCAAAGAAUAAACAAGACAAAAAAUAUUUCAAGAUCAUUGAAAGUGUUCAUAGUUAGCCACUUGCCUUGACAGUGUUUGUUCUGAUUUGCAUAUAAAGUUACAUUU